UGAUAUAAGGGGGGGGAGUGGCACUCCAGUGUUUUUGCAAUGGACCCAAACUCCAAAGAAAAGAAGCUGGUUUUUGCUACCCAACAGCUCACUGCUAAACUGACCACAGUGGUGACAAGCUGUGCCAAGGAGAUAGAAGAAGACGGUGCACUGCAGUUCAGCAAGAACUCUGGACGACGUGACAAGGGGAUCAUGAAAGCAACCCUACCCAUCAUGCUCGCUUAUUGUGACUGGCUUAUGGCUGUUGGUGUCAAAACUAGACAGCAAAUGAAAGAUAUCUGGGAGAAAUUUGUCGACAACAAGGACGUGCGGGACUGUGUGGAAGAAUUGAAGCAAGCAGAAGAAGCUUUCAACUCGUUGCUGGAGGGGGUGAAUGAAGUUGUGCAAAAGGACGAAGAAAUUACGCUAAAGUCCUUAGAGACAGUUACGAGGGGAGGAGUCCUACCGACGACAUUACCACUGCAGGAUCUGGAUACUGGAGCUCAAAUCAUUACGGGAGAUAUUUUGAGAGAUCCUUACACUCUGUUCAUUUUGAACCGGAAUCUUUCCUGAGGUCCAUGCAACAAACACAUUCAGGCUGUUCAAGCAGCAUUGGGAGAUUUCGAAAAACUUGGUUGUCGAGUAGUUUUGGUAUUUAGUGGAUCGAGGAAAGACACAUUAUUGUGGGAGGAACAGAAUGAACGAAUCAAAAUGGCCAAAUUUGUAGACGCUAAUUGGUUGCUGUAUCGCAAACUCAAUCUCCGACGGCAUGUGGACAUACUCACGUCACACAAUAUGUGCAAAUAUGGAGAGCAAAUGGUUGGUGGUGGCGAGUCACCUUCGAGCUCCGUACAAUAUCCAGAUGAUGACCUUUGGAUCAUGGGUGGAGAUUUUAUAGUCACACAAGACGGCCUUCUGGUGUAUGCAUAUCAUCAGCGAACCUUCUACCAAAGGCCAGCUGUAGAAGAGCUGCUCGAUGCUUUGAAAGCUCACAAUUAAGCCAGAAACAUUGAACAUUGAACUAUGUUCGUGUGUGUGUUUGUCUCAUUUUUGAUGUCAGUUGCUUAAAUCUCCUAGGAGCUAGUUGCUGACUGAAAUUGUUUAUGAGAUGUACAUGUACACGUAUGCAAUGUUUAAUAUACUGGUAUAUACAGUGGA